AACUCGAGAGGAAACUAAAAAAAAUAUUCUUCGAUGUUUCCAGGAGAGACACUCAAAGGAAAAUUUUUGCUUCGGAUUUGAAGUUCUUCAAAGCAUUGGAAAUUCCAGGAGACUUCCAAGCACGUUUUAGUACUGGAUCAUAUGAUAAAUAGAGUAUCUAGGAGGGUGGGGAACUUGAAAUUGAAAGAGAUUCUCCCAGAGAUGGUGAGGAUUCCGUACUACAGCGAUGUUAGUACUCUAAAGAAAGGAUCCUGGAGUCCUGAAGAAGAUCAAAAGUUGAAAGCUUACAUCAAGAGAUAUGGCAUCUGGAACUGGACAGAGAUGCCAAAAGCUGCUGGUUUAUCAAGGUCUGGGAAGAGUUGCAGACUUCGAUGGGUGAAUUACCUGAAGCCUGGCAUCAAGCGAGGAAGCUUCAGCUGCGAAGAGGAGAAAACCAUACUCGAGAUGCAUAAAAAGCUAGGAAAUAGAUGGUCUGCCAUUGCAGCAAGAUUGCCCGGAAGGACUGACAAUGAAAUAAAAAAUUACUGGCACACCAAACUGAGGAAACUCAAAGACAAUUCAGCCCCAAGGACCAAAUCACAAGCUCCGAAAACAUUCACUGUUGAAGCUAAGCCGAUAGGCAGUCCAAAAGAUGCUAGCAGCUUGGGAUCUGAGCACCCAUGGUCAUCCCAAUUAUCCAUUGAUGACUCCACUUCAUCAAUCACCAGUCUUGCUGUUGGAGCUGAUGAAAUUCAAUUGGAGGGGAACUCUGGGGACCCCAUGUCAACACAACCAUUUGCUUAUGAUUCCUCUUCAUCAGUCACCAGUCCUGCUGUUGGAACUGAUAAGAAUCAAACGAUGGAGGGGAGUACGGAGUCAGAAAGAACAUUUGGAGAUUUUCAAGCAUUUCCAGUGGAUGACUUGUUCAUGCCGGGCGAUUAUUUUUGGGAGACAUAUCCAGACCUUGAAUUAGCAUUCCCAAUUUGUGAGGAGUGGGUUCAAGAGCCGCUAUGGACAUAGGGCUCUUGCAAUGAUAAUUUUUGGCUCAACCUCUAUGUGGAAGCAGAAAUUGGUGGAAGCUGAGAGCAUCAUCAAUAUCCAGUAUCAUUCCAAAAGUUUCUUUGAACUAUAGAUCAUAUAUAUUUACUACUUGUCUUUCAGAUUUUCAUAGAUGGGCAUUGAUCGAGUAUGAAGAGAGUUUGGUAUAUCAAGAUUGUUGCUACUGUGCAUAAAUAAGACUGCAACAAAAUGUGGGGAUUUGCUUAUAGUCGUAAGUUUAGUAUGGUAUAUCUGUAUUGUUGCUACUAUGUAUAAAUAAAAACUGCAACAAAAUGUGGGAAUUAGCUUAAGAGUCAUCAAAGUUUAGUUUGGAAUAUAUUUGUAUUGUUGCUACUAUGCAUAAAUAAGACUGCAACAAAAUGUGGGGAUUAGCUU